CUUUCGUUCGUUCCUCACCCGAUUGGCUACUUUUCCGCUUUAUUCGAGAUGCGUGAGGAAAAGGAGAAAAUUAUUGGCUACGAUGCCUGCCGUUCAAAGUGACAGGCUUGUAAUAAGGCUGCGCAGUUUUCUAUGGUGCGUGGGGUUUGUUUGUGGAUGUUGGUUGGCUUGCUUUCAGUGAUGACGUUGCCGUGGGAAGAAUAUGCCUGUACAUUGGUGGACCAAACAUGCAGUGUGAGGGUUGACUGGGAGCUGCGAAUGGGUAACAGGGCGCCUGCGCGUCCCGGCGAAGGCAAGGUCUACGUUGAAAAGUCACCCUUGGGCCUAACGAAUUGGGCAAUAUACGCAUGACGUAACGAAAACCCGCCCGAAUGACCCUCGCCGGGUUGGCCCAGAGCUUGUGACGUGUUGGAAAUUACUGAAUGACACUUGAGGAGAGUAUCGGGUCCCGUCCUGGAAAGCGCGGCGUGCCCUUCGGAAAGCGCAGCUGGUUGGCUGCCCGCCGCGGGAGGCGGAGCCCAGGCCGACUCGGUUCCGUUGCGUCAACCUUACCCGGGCUCUGCCAUUGGCUGCCGCCCAGCCCGGUCGCCCUGGGGACGUGGCUGGAGCAAAGGGCCGACGAAGUCGUGGCGCCGGACGGCGAGCGCGGGGCGAAGGAAGCGGUAAGUCGGCUCCCCGGGGAAGCGGGCAGAACCACCUGUGUGGAAAGGGAACCGCGGCACUGCCGGGCGGAGGAGCCUCCUCUGCGGCCAGAGGCGCGUCUCUCUCUCUGUGAAGCUGCUCUCAGCAUGGGAUGAAACGCGGAGCAUUAAUUAACGGACCAAUUUUGUGGCCCUUUCAGGGGGCAGAGGCGGGAAGGUCGUCGGCGCUGGUCCCUGGUUUAACCACUCCGUCUCUUCCUUUUUUUCAGGGUCCAGGAUCAUCCCGCAACUUGGAAGGACCGAAAGAGAUGCUACUUCCUCCCGGGACCCGCACUGGAAGCUGACAGACUGUGGGCGAGCACAUGGCCAGGUGAGGCGAUGGGAUCGCGGGUCCCCCUCCGGAUUACCCGCGCCGUCUUCUUUCCGGCAUUGUCGGCUUCCUCCUCGUCGUCGUACCCCGUGGGCGUGGGUCGCUUCCCUGCUGCUAGGCAGGGCGGUGGCGACCUUGAUGCCACUGGAAGAGCAGGUGCGCUGUGGGAGCCUUGGGGGCUGGAGUUUGAGACCUCUGACCCACAAGCGCAGGGGGAGAUCAACAAAGAAAGUGAAGAAUCCUACAAAGAUCUAUUGAUCUGAAAAUGAGAUAUAGCCCAGCACUGAUCUGGGUUCGAGAUUGCUUGUUGAUCGGCAUGGCUUUGGGACGGGUUUUGCAUUUAGAACUGCUUUGCUGUUCUUCCUGAAAACUUCGGCGUUGCCUUUUGAUUUGUGCUCAUGGCACGAUCUUCUCUUGCCGCUCAGAGAUUGAGAUACACACAGCGUCAUCUACCCUUCUCUUCUGCUCCCCUGCCCCUGGUGACCCAAGUUACAAUGACGCUGUCAGCCUCUUCCCUUGCUCCCUCUGUGAGGCUAGUAUGUCUUAAAAAGCUCUGCUGUUACAGCCAACCUGGCUAGCAGCCACUUAAGUUCAAAGAUCACAGCUUGGUGCUAAUCGGUGCAGGGUAGAAGAGUGUUUCCAAGUGGUCUCUGCAGAGUAUCUGUGAUUGUUUCCCAGCACUUUAACCCCAUUAUUAUUCAAGUCCCAAAUGCAUGGUUGGGAAAGGGGAACGAAGAACAGAGUAGCAGGGGCCCACCUGCAAGUUAGGAAAGAUUGAAAAUGUACAAUGCACGUCAUGUGUGCCUUUCCACAAAGCUGUGUUAAUGAUUAUGGCUGCAAUCCCGGGGAGUAAGCCCAAUGAAUGUAGCAGGAUGUACUUCUGAAUGAACAUGCAUAGGCUUGCGUUGUCGGUGAUUAAUUGCAAGCUAUUGCUAGCUGACUCAAUUGGCUUGUUUAGAUGCAAGGUUGCCACUGCCCUUAAAAUAUUGUUUUAAGACUGCAGUACUCAGUACUCACAUGGGUCCCAUCUGCUCCUUGUUACAUUCCCAGCUGCUUUGGAAGAAAGAUCCUCCUGUACCAAACUUCCAGCUGUAGGCUAUGCUGGUUUAGCUGUGUAUGUUGGAAGCUUCAGCACUUGGAUUUCUUGUUGGCAAGGACCUGUGGCUGACCGAUGAGGCUUUGCUAGACGUUUAACAACUGUUUAAUCUGAUUUUUCCCCUCUUCCAGGAUCAGUUUUUCCUGCCUGUGUCCAGCAUCUUGGCACUUCACAGUGCCUUCAGUGAGCCUUUGUCUCCGUCAGCGGCUGGGCCUGCUGGGCCUCUUACUUGCAGCCAGUAUUUUGCUACUUGUGGGAAUCACAAAUCUAUGGCGUUGGAAAACUAGUUCUCGGGACUGGCAGUCUGAAAGGUGGGUGAAUGUGACGGCACUGGCAUGAAGUAUGCUGAGAUAAGGCAAAAAGAUGCUUUCAAAGGAGUCAAUCGACUUCCAUUGCUUGCAUUUCCAAGUUAGCUAAGCUUUAGCAAAGCAUUCUAAAUUAAUUGCUUCUGAAAUGGCUUGUUCAUUUAGGCAUAAAGGCCACUUUGUACCCUACAAAACGCAUAGAGAGAUUAGUUAAGAAUACAGCACAGUACUGCUCUGAGACAGCUAGGGCAGCCAACAGACUUCUGAAAAACAGUAUGUUCUAAAGUAAGGUACAGCAGCACAAAAUAUCUUUUUUGCACAUUUGUGAGAUAAAGCCAGAUAUAAUUAUUUUUUUCCUGCUCUAAAAUAGAGGAGAGCCGCAGGAAAUGAAAUGGGUUUAAGGAAGCAAUUGUCCAGCAAGACAAAUUAGUUUAUGCAUGAAAUGAAACCAACCCUAAAGGGCAUAAAGGUGUCUUCAGGGUUAGAAAGUACUGUGUGCCUUUUAAUCAAAGCUAAGAUUAUUCUGUACUUUGGGGUUCCCUCUAGGUGUUUUUGGACUCCCAAAUCCCAUCAUCCCUGGCCAACAUGACCAAUAGUUGGGGAUGAUGGGAACUGAAGUUCAUCAACAGAUGGAGAGCCAAGGGUAGCUACCCCUGCUCUAGAUGUUGGACUGCAAGGCUCAUUGUUCCUGACAAUUGACAAUGGUCACUGUUACUAACAGGAGUUGGGAGUCCUAACACCACCUGGUGGGGGGGGGACAGGUUUCUCACCCUUGCUAUACAUGCUACGCAUAAUGUAGAAUCUGGUUUCCUGGGGAAACUAUGGGGAAGGGGGGAGUUAGUGGCACCAAACAAGGUGGCAGUUUCUAUGGCACACAAAGUCCUACUAUCCCCCUCCUUUCCCCUCUGUUCUUCUACGAUCCCGGUCUUGGAUUACAAAAUUGGGCAUAUCGUUCUGCAUUUUUUUGUGUAACACAAAUAUAGCAGUAGAAAACGAGAUGCUUGAUGGAAAAAACCACAGAGGAAAUGGCAGGGCAUAUUUCACAGUUCCCAUCCAAUAGCAAAAUGGGAGUGAUGGGAAGAAGCCACAUGGUCUGAGUUCAGCUGGCAUUUUCUCACCAACAAAGGCUGAAGCCCUUUUAAGCUGGAGGGGGAGGAGGAAGAUGCUGCGCUAGUCCUGCUGGGCAGUGCUUUCACAGGGCUUCUGUUGGCGCUCUUCAUUUAGUGAAAUGUUGGGAAAGAAGGACUGUCAGCGUGUCAACAUUAAGAACCCAAGGUUUAACUGCUGGGAAGUCCCAAAUUUUGCCCUUAAAUGAUUCCCAACCCACACAUAUAAUGCUCUUCAGUACGUUUGCACAGGGACUGGCAAUUCUGCUGCCAGUUGGUGUUCUGCAAUUGGAAAGUGUGAGGUAUCUGGCACAGAAGCAGUUGCUUGAGCUGGUUUGCCCACCUUCUUUUACACAAUCCCUGUCUGGGUAUUCAGGCUUCACAUGUAAGCAAAAAUGUGAGGAGAAGCUGGAGAACUGUGCUGCAAAACCCUCUCCACAGCAUCAUCUGUUCAAAGUUCAGAGCUUUCUCUCUCUCUCUCUCUCUCUCUCUUUCUCUCUCUGUGUGUGAAGUCCUGAUUUAGCAGACUUCUAAAUCGCACAAGGAACUGCCAUGUGGAGAAGAGGCUUCCCACUUCAGACACCUCACUUUUCCCUAUACCCACUCCUCUUAAGAUGAAUAAAAUUUCAAAAUGACUAGAUGUGUGACUUGAAGUAUUAACACCAGUCUGCUGUUCCUAAAGAAAGGAAGUUGUCAGUAAAUAUAACACCAGAGAGAUAGGAAAGCAUAAAAGACAACAAGCAACUCAUAAAGAAAACAAAAGGUAAAAAACAACAACAACAAAACUUCUUAACAUUACUAACUGGUUCUUCGUUGGUGUUAAAUAUGCUUGGCAGAUUACUAAGAAUUAAAAAUUACUAAACUAGGAAGUAAUUAUUUACAUUUCUGUCCAUAAGAUGACAAAGAGCAGUUUUUUAAGUCAAGAUGAAAGCUUUUGAUUUUCUAUAGGCAAUACUGCCUGUCCCCCAGUUGCAUCUUAAGAAAUAAAGGGAUAGUUUUAAGAUUCUAAGUUAGGAUCCCCCAAUCUGAACCAGACUUCUCAUGGUCUGCUGGAAAAUGACAGUACUUCCUCUGAAGCCAGAAUUUGAUAUGCUAAAGAGGGUCUCUCCAGCUGCGGUUCUUUAUAAGAUUAACAAGUCUAGACUUGUUGAUGUUAUCACUUUAAAAUGGGCCAUUAAGAUAAAGGUAGGGUAAAUGUUUUGGCAAAAGCCAGCUAUUUGCAUUUGACAGCCACCUUAAACAAGUCAUUUUCAGACCAAAGGAGAGAUUGGUAAUUACUUUUAAAUUCACAUUUCCUCUAAACUAUACAUUCACAUUGUAUACAUUCUCUCAGCUUCCCUUAUGGCAGGUAGCAACUUGCCUUUAAUUUUAAAAGGGCAUUUCUGCUGCAGCUUUUGUUUGCAUAAUAUCCAGUAACAUCCAGCAUUUAUUUGCAUAACAUCCUGCAGUAAUAAUAUUUAUUAAUUAUGGAAUGUAUAUCCUGCUUUUCUUUCAUCGUGGAGCUCAAGGUGGCAUAUAUAGGAAUCCAAGGUGAGCCCAUCCUGGCAAUAAUAAUAAUAAUAAUAAUAAUAAUGCCCUGCUCAUCUGGCUGGGUUACCCCAGCCAUUCAUCAGAUGCACACCAGCUUACCUUCAGCAGGUUCAUUGCUGGACCUGGGACCAAUGCUUGUGCCUCUUCCUUCAAGAGCAGAGCUGAUCCUACAAGAUGCAUUUAGCUGCAUGGCUUUUAUUUUUUCGAUGUGAUGUGGAUUGGACAGAAUUUUCUUGUUGGGACAGACUACCAAUUACUGUACUCAAAUAAUGUGACAUUCAAUGGCUCCUCUGGAACUCAGACUCUGAUCAACUUCUUGUCCCACCUGACACAGUUUAGAGGGCCUGGCACUGCCUCAGCCAUGGUAGUCCUACCACAUGGCAGGCCUUGGGUCUUCCUGCUUCUCCUCUUCCUUCGCCCUUUCCUCCUUCCGUGAAUGCUGAUUAACAGAUGUAAACAAAGACUGAUAUAGUAGCUUAUGCCUUAACUUUUGUGACCUGACCUUCUGUCUGUGAUAGGUCUGGCUUCUUCUCCCUCUUAGAUAAGAUGCAAUUGUAUUUGUGCAUCUCUUGGCUCCUGUGUCCAUGGGGAAAUCCAACUGGAAUACUUGGGAUGGUGCAUGGCAUUUGUGAGAGCUGCUGCUCUAGCUGAGUGCCCGGGGAAUCUAAGCCCUCUUCUGCAAAAGUCAGGAUGUUGGAACAUUUGGCCCUAUGGCAGUUGCCUGUGGGAUGGCCUUAUUCAAACCCUUGCUUUGUUCCACUGCUGCUGCUGCUGGGUGGGGGAAGCAGCAGAGGCUGUGCUGACUGAACCAGAAUUUCCUUCAGCACAAGAAAGGGGAGCAGGAUCAAUAAGAACUAAGGUGGCAUGAAUUCUCUGUCUAAUGGAUCUGCAAAACCCACUAAUUUGGUUAGCUUUCUUCUUAAUGGCUGGACAUGCUGUGGUCUCUCAGUCCUGUUUUCUGAUUGCCCCGAUGAAAUGGCACAAAGUGGGUGGGUUGGGAUAUCUGCUUCAGUUCUCUGGUUCCUGGGGAGCUGAAGCCAGUGCCUAAUCCAAUAACUUUCAUCUGGUUUCUAGAAGGGGGAACGAGAGCCUCCGCAGGGACUGGAUGCACAUGCUGGGUCAGCAUCGCUUGAAGCAUCUAUGGAGAAGUGAUAUCGGCAUUUUGUGUUCCUGUAAUUCCUAUUAUUUCUGUUGUGCAAUAAUAGACAGCCUCUGAAAGAGCAGAGCAGGCGUUCUAUGGAAUGCUGGAUCUGCCUUUUUAUUGUAUUUUCGGGGUGUGAAGACUGUUUGGUCUGGUCUCUGUCUCUUAACUCCAAAUCUUCCUCAUUCCCCUUGCAGGUACCUGGAACGGUUUCAUACCUUGGAGGCAACGGACACAAAUAACCCGUCUCUGAAUUAUGGGUUGGUUAUUGAUUGUGGGAGCAGUGGGUCCCGGGUCUUUGUAUACUUUUGGCCACCACACAAUGGGAAUCCGCACGACCUGCUGGACAUCCGGCAGAUGCGAGACCGUAACGGCCAGCCUGUUGUCAAGAAGAUCAAGCCAGGUUUGGAUAUUUCCAAAGGCCUUUUUUGUUGGUGGCUGUGAACCCACAAGCACCAAGCACCUGGAGGUGGGCAGAGUUGCUCUGUAGCUGAGGGAAUAUUCCCUUUUCAUUGUACAGGGAUCUCUACUCUGGCAGCCACUCCAGACAAAGCUAGUGACUACAUCAGGCCGCUGCUCAGCUUUGCUGCUGCCUAUGUGCCCAGUACCAAGCACAAGGAGACUCCCCUCUACAUUUUGUGUACUGCAGGAAUGAGACUGCUGCCUGACUGGUGAGUGAGCUAUAUUUUCCCAAGACCUGAGCAGAGUAGGCUUGGGACUGGGGAGCAGGAAGUGCCGGGCCUCUUGGAGCUACAGGUGGACUUGCAUCCUGAAGUGGAACGGGACAGGGUGUGGGGUGUAUCUUCACUGUAAAAGUCAAAUACAGCAUUUCCUGUUUCUAAGAGUGGACACACAGGGGAAUGUUGCUCCAGACAGGGAGGAUUUCCUGUCAUACCUGCUCUGGAGCAUCCUCCCCCUGUGUGUGACCAGGUAGAUGGGUGUGACCCUAGCAGACCCUAUAAAAGGGCCAGUCACGCAGCCAUCUUCCUCUUUUGCUGCUCUUUUGCGACUCCUCUGCUGGCUCUUAGCCAGCAGCACAUGGCUCAUCCUUACAGAGGAUGGAAACCACAAGGUAGAAAGUCUGAGGCCUAGCUCAGACUUCUUUUCUCUACAACUGUAACUGUCAUGUCGUUGUUUUUAAGAGGGAACUAAAGGGGAAAUUUACCAGGAACAAGCCAAUCUGGACAAGCCAGACUGAAUUGCUCAAUUCAAAUGAUUCUAACAAAUCCAUCAACUAGCUUUCAGCAAUGUGCAAGGGAAUGUGCUCUGUUACUAGUAAUAAUAAUAAUAAUAAUAAUAAUAAUAAUUUAUUAUUUCUACCCGCCCAUCUGGCUGGGUUUCCCCACCCACUCUGGGUGGCUUUCAACAGAACAUUAAAAACAGAAUAAAACUUCAAACAUUAAAAACUUCCCUAAACAAGGCUGCCUUCAGAUGUCAAGGGGUUCCACAGGGCGGGCACCACUACUGAGAAGGCCCUCUUCCUGGUUCCCUGUAACCUCACUUCUUACAGUGAGGGAACCACCAGAAGGCCCUCGGCGCUGGACCUCAGUGUCCGGGCUGAACGAUGGAGGUUGAGACUAGCUCACUAACGUGAGGAAGGAUAAUAUUUAAUCAAUAUAUCAUCUACUAUCCACAACAUUCCCACACAGGGUUCCCUAACUUGAUAGUGAGCAAUGGGUCAUCUCCACCCCAAGUGGAGCUGAAAAUUAAGUCCUGCUUAUGAAGUUGUGUGUUUGCAGAUUCAUGGCUGGAAAGAGACCAAGUGAGAAGGGUGACUUGCACAGGGGGACAAAAGGACAGGUUUUUGAAAUGAGGUGGAGUUUUGAAAUGAGGUGGAGGAGUUAGACAUCUUGGCCAUUCAGCAGUGGAGAGGGGGGCUCAUUAUAUUUCAGUACAAAGAAAUGGCAGCUGCUCAGUUUGUCUGCUUGUGGAUCUUCGCAGGCAGCAGACGGCCAUCCUGGCGGACCUGGUGAGGGAUGUGCCCUUGGAAUUUGAUUUCCUCUUCUCAGAAUCUCAGGCAGAAGUGAUCUCUGGGAAGCAAGAAGGUAGGUGUUGGGCCAGAAAGGCUCGCUCACUCCUUCUUAGGGAGUUUGGCAAAGGGUGAAGGGAGAGGGGGGGAAGGUAGGUAGUGAGGCAGCACUGCACAGGAUCUGGGGGUUUAGCUAGCUGUUACACCAGCUUAACUUGCUGCUGGCGGUGCCUGUCCCUUGGGGUUGUUCCCUCCCCUCAAACUUCACAGGGUGCUGCUCAAGCAUCACACAAAGUCCUGUACCUUCAAGGAACCCAACACUGCUCUUGAUUCUCUUUCUUUCCCCACCCCCAAUUUCCCAGGAGUCUAUUCUUGGAUAGGCAUCAACUUCGUAUUGGGAAGAUUUGACCACGAAGAAGGUGAGACUGCGGGAAAGGGACAGUGGAGUUGAAUGGGUAGGUAGAAGUUUUCUCUUUUGGCUCAGUUCCAUCUUAAGGGAGGGAAUCUCCAGCACAGUUUGCUCGAUUCCCAGCAGGAAUGGAGAUUUGGCUUCCCCACAUGACCUGACAUAAGGCCCCUUCCCAUUCUGCAGUUUAGCAGGAGUGAAGGUGAGCAAGAGAGACUAGAGCUGAUCCCCACUUCUUCCCUAACUUCUGCCCCCUCAAACCCUAGACAUUUCUAGUGUUCAGCCCAAGAGGUAUGGGGAUGUGCCAUCUUCCACCUCCAUUUUCCAUUGCUUUGGAAACUCUCUCUUUCUCUUUCUCUCCCUCCCUCUGGGAUUGUAGAGGAAGAUGCAAUGAUUUCUGUGACCCCGGCUGGCCAGGAAGAAACCCUGGUGCGAAAGAGGACCGUUGGGAUCCUUGACAUGGGAGGUGCCUCUCUGCAAAUCGCCUAUGAGGUGCCGACUUCUACGUCCUUCUCUUCCCCGCAGGAGGUGUGUAGCUUGGGAAGGAAAUAUGUGCUAUGGUCCAGGUUGGGCACUGUUUCUUACUCCCUCUCUCCCUCCCCCUGCCACCCUCCCCUCUGCUACUGACAGGAGGAAGCUGCCAAGAGCCUGCUUGCUGAUUUCAACCUUGGCUGUGACAUGCAACACACGAAGCAUGUGUACCGAGUCUAUGUCAGCACCUUCCUGGGCUUUGGGGGCAACUACGCCCGACAGCGCUAUGAAGAGCUGGUGCUGAAUCAGACCACCACCCGCAACAGGUGAUGUCCUCAUGCUGCCAGGUUUCAAAAGGUCUGGCUAAAGGCAGCUCUGGAUUCCACUGCCCCCAGGAGUUCAAGGUGUGGCAUCCUGGGAGAGGGUGUGUGUUUAUUUGUAGGAGGCAGGCUCCCUGAGUGAUGAGAUCAAUGGGAGAAGUUUCUGAUGGUCCACAUGCAUACCUCUAGCCUGUUUCGGGGUGGCACGGAAGAACUCACCGAUCAUAACUUGCCACUGGGGAUGUCUGUGUUUUCCCAACCCUGAAGCUUAGGCUCUCGUUGCAGGUUGCAGGGUGAGCAGCUUGGCGCAAAUGCUGGUGUGCCCGUCUUGGACCCCUGCCUGCCUGUGGGACUGGAGGAUGUUGUGGAGCAUGGCGGCCAGACCCUGCACAUCAAGGGCCAGGGGGACUGGCAGUCGUGUGCGAAGCAAGUGCGCCUCCUGCUGGCGGGAGACAACAGAACCACGGUCUCUCUGCGCAACACCUAUCAGGCACCAAUUGACUUUGUUAACAGCGAAUUCUAUGGGUUCUCUGAAUUCUACUACUGCACCGAAGAUGUGCUGCGCCUGGGAGGACUGUACCACAUGCCCACGUUCACACGUGCUGCCCAGGUGACUCUAAAGUAUGUGAUCACUUUGCCAGGAUAGGGGGUGUUGUUUCUGUGCCCACUCAUGUCUUUUGCCUCCUUCCAGGAUUAUUGCAGCCUGAGCUGGUCCUUACUGACCCAGAGGUUCCGAGACCACCUAUACUCAGCACAUGCAGAUCUGCACCGUGUCAAGUAAGAAUCCAUUCUUUCCUUUCACAGAGAAUGUGCUUGGUCCUUAACUCUUCUUCCAUGGACGGUGAAGGGGUGGGGGUAAGAUUGCCUCCCAGCAGUCUUCUCAACUGAUGAGCCUCAGUCCAGCGUAUUUGUGAUGGAGUCUCUAUGCUCUGCUUGCAGGUACCAGUGCUUCAAAUCAGCAUGGAUGCACCAAGUCCUGCAUGAAGGCUUUCAUUUCCCCAAGGAUUAUUCUGGUCUGCGCACAGCCCAGUUGGUGUAUGAUCGUGAGGUACAAUGGACACUGGGAGCCAUUCUCUAUAAAACUCGCUUUCUGCCACUCAGGUAACCUAAAUUGCUGCCCACUGCAUGUUUUCUCAUCUUAAGAGUGGUAGAGUUCUUUUGGUUACUUCAGAAUCAGUGUUUCAAACAAGGUCUUCAGUAAAGAACUGGACCAUGGCAUUUGACUAGGAGUAAAAUGCUGGUUUUCUAGCCCUAAUUAGAGUGUUCAGUCAUCUUAAUAUGUGAACUUGGGAGUAAGCCUCACAGAGUUCAAGAUGAGGAGGGCUUACUCUCAAUAAGCAUGCAUUAAAUUGAGCUUGAAACAUGGAAGAGUUCAGUACUCUGUGUUUAAAGUCUGAAGUUUCAUUUUUUAAACUUGAGAAAGCAACUGAUCUGCCAGCAGUGCUUUUCUGAAAAAACAGAAAAGGAGAAAGCAGACACAUGCAGAGACCUGGUAUGUUUUUAAGAGGUACCUAAGGGAGAGACAUCAAAUGCACUCUCAAUGAAGCACAGAGCCUGCAUGAAAAGGAAGUUGAUCCUUUAUCAGUAGGCAACAUGGUGUCUUAAAUGUUAAAAAACUAAACCUAUGUUUUUGACACCUCUCAUCUAUUUACAAAUGGUCUGUAGGGCAUAGGCCUGAGAAAAGCCAGGUAUUUGGGAAUCAUACUUACUCCAGUAUCUGGAAUGCUUCUUUGUCUGCUAGUUGCAAGAGAUUCAAGCGUAGCGCAGCUUCACAUUUUAACUUCAGACUGAUUUUUCUUUGUUUUUCAGGGAUCUCCGCCAGGAGAGCAUCCACCAACCUCGCAGCCCUUGGCUCCGUCUCUCCUUUGUUUAUAACCACUACCUUUUCUUUGUGUGCAUUCUUGUGGUGAUGCUUGCAAUUGGACUCUACCUCUUCCGUCUGCGCCGCAUCCACCAGAAGCAGUUGCACGUGGCACAGCUGGACCUGCUGUGGCUAUCAGAAGUGGUGCCGCUGCCAGCACAGGAGGCAGCCUCCUGACAAAAGAACUACCUCUCAGUGAACUCUCUCCAUGUCUGCCCUAUUGGCAGUGGCUUUUAAUGGGCCAGAAGCUGUGAUUCUCUUGCGGGCUAGUCCGGAAUUCUGCAGGACUCCAGCCCAACCCCAGGGCCUAAACAGUGUCUGCUCAGACUUGCCCCCUAACCCAAGCCGCUCAACCCUAAUGGACUCUGGAUUUUCCUCCGUGGCUGAAAUCCCCAGCCACUGUGGGAGAAUCACGCUGCAGGUGUUGUGAGGCAAGGGAAGCUGAUCUCUGUUACCCUUGACAGUGGGCAAAAGGCAGCAUAGCUGAACGUGACCAAAGAAACUUGAUUUACUCAGGAAGGGAGGGAGAAGGACCUUGUGUGGCCAAGAACUGGACAGCUCUCCCGCAAAAGGAAAGAAAGUGGUUCUUUCUGAUGCUUUACUAUGAGCACGCCCCCCCCUACUUCUGUUGAUGUCUGUGAUAGGACCAAAAAAGGAGUCGUGCAAACAGGAUUCCUUGAGGGUAAGAAAUAACCUUUUAAAAAAACCAAGGCAGAUAAUUUGCUGCCUUCCUUCACACUCCUCCCCACAAAUACAUUUUGCACACCCUCCUUUCAAAUCCCACAUUUACCCAUCAUUCAGUGUGUCUCAGUGCUGUUGUCCCAGCACUGGGGCUUCCAGCAGUUCCAAGUUUCACAGAAGACCACCUUGAACUGUGGAACGCUGUCCCUGGUACUUGUUUUAACAACACCUAGCCCAUAAACUCAAUCAGCUAUGGGCUAAGUUAAAUUAUGAAUUUGUUUUCAUACUUGAACUCCAGUUACUGUAGCAAUAAAUUAUGCUGAACUGUGUAAGCAGA